AUGUCCGCCACCGCCGCCCCCGGGGGCCAGCGUACCGCCCCGGCUGGCAUGCAAAGCGCCUACAAGAUCGGCAUCCUUGGGCCAACCAAUGUCGGCAAGUCCUCCCUGAUGCUGCGCUUCGUGUGCGACACCCACUUUGAGGGCCUGCCCACCACGGUCGGCGCGGCCUACAUGAGCAAGACCCUCACUGUGGAUGAUCGCACCGUCAAGCUUUCUAUCUGGGAUACGGCUGGCCAGGAAAAGGUGCGUCCGGCUCGGUCCGCUCCUCGGCCCCGGCCCCUUGGCGCGCCGUGA